AUGGGUGUUGCACCCGCGCUCGCGGCGCCGUGCCUCCAGGAAGCAACCGGCGAGCUGACCUACAGUCCAACCAGCGGUGUGGACCUCGAGGCGGUCUUCGACUGCGAAGACGGCGAGUUCGAGGUGGUCUGGUCCGGGGAGGCCAAGGACUCUACUGUACUGGUCGAAGGUUGCUUGUUCGACACGCGCUAUGCCUCCAAGAAGGGGGGCGGCCUCCUCCAGAAGUCGGGACAGCUGUCGGUGGUGGGCUCCUUGUUCUACAACAAAACCGCCGGGAGCGACAACGAAGAUUCAAAGGAUCCGAUAGGAGAGGGUGGGGCGGUGGCCAAGACCGCUUGCACGCACUUCUCCGAUACGCGGACAGCGGCAGCUGCGCCCUGCGACUUCCGAGACACGGUCUUCUUCAACGAUUCCGUGGCGGAAAAGGCCGGUGCGCUAAUAAUCGCGGCCGGGGAUGAUGGCGAUCGCCCAACGGUGGAGCUUGACGGGUGUGUGGUUAGGAACAACACGGCCGGGAAGGCGCUGUCGGACGACCCUCAGGGUGAAGAGGGCGCGAUUGUGGUGGGCCCGGGGUGCGCGCUCCUCCUCUCGGACUGUCUCCUCGAGAAGAACUGGACCAGAAAAAACGGCGGGGUGGUCAACCUGUCGGGAGGGGGCAACUUGGACGACGACCCCGGUGCCGUUCUCGUCGUGCAAGACUCAAUCUUCGUGUCCAACACGGCCCUGCUCAACAACGCCGGCGGGGUGACCAUGAACAAGUUCACCAACACCACCAUCGUCGGGCAGGGUAACGUGUUCUGCGGAAACAGGUGUGCCCAGGGUGGCGCCGCGAUCGGGGCGGACUACAAUUCCAUCAUUACGGUCGAAGGGGGAACCUUCAUCGGCAACGAGGCGGACAUGGAGACUGAAGAGGAAGGCUGGCAAAAAGUCGAGCAGAGCGGGGGAGUGCUUUGGACGAGGGGUGAGAUUUCCGUCCUGGGUGGGCACUUUUCCAACAACUCGGCUAAGAAUGGCGGAGUGAUUCAAGGCAGCCUUAACAGCACGAUAGUAGAGGAAGGAGGCACGUUCGAGAACAACGUGGCCGAGAACGGCGGCGUGGUUUCCGUCGUCGAAGACGGUUCGUUGGUGUUCAACGGGGGCCUGUUGCAAGGACACUCUGCAAGCAACGGAGGGGGCGCCUUCUUCGCCGAGAGCGGUGCAGGCAUCGAGGUAACCGGAGGAACCUUCAUCUCAAACAAGGCCGAUUUCGGAGGGUUUCUGUACAAAGCGAGCAAGAGAAAUGCCACUUGCUCGGGAGCGACAGUUCUGAAGCACGAGGGCGUCGAUGGCGACGCGAUCUACGCCAUCGAUGGCGCGAAUCUGGAGUGGGAGUGCAACCUGAGGGAGAACUCUGCGCUGAUCGGGCCCGCCAUCUACGCCCGCGACAACGCGGUGGUGGCUCUUAGCGGCGUCGAGGUGUCAGACAACUUCGUCACUCGCGGCAGCGCCAUUUUCGUUGUCAACAGCGAGCUCAUCACGUAUCAGGUGGUCGUUAACGACACGUCGGAGAACCCCGACUUAUCUGCUGUGCAGACCGACAGACUGUCUACGUAUACAGCUGAAGACACCUCCUUCGUGGGCUUUGCUGGCGAGGUGGUCGUUUACAGUGAAGGGGGGCUGUACCUUGACGAGUGCGGGUACCUUGACGAGUGCGACUUCAGCGGCAGCUCGAGUGCGGUGCUGGUCUACGCGGAACUGGAAGACGCCACCGUGAUCCGGAACGCUGUGCUAGGAGAAAUGAACUGGUCGUGGUGUCUCGAGGGUGACCUCGGCGUCUACUGCGAGCGCUACCAGCUCAGAUCCACCUUGGAAGAGGUGUGCGCCAGUGGAGACGUGGACGCGCUGACCCUGACCCUGAUCGAAGACACCGAAUCCAAACUAACCUUCUACCCGAGCUUGCUCGAAGGAGAGCUGCAACUGUCGUUUGCGCCUUCCAACGCAACCAACGCAGACGACGAUGACAUCGCCACCAGCAGCAGGAGCUGUGUCGGCGCUAGCCGGGUGACGUGGAGCGUGUCGGGGCUGUGGCCGUCCUCAGAGGGCGAGCAAGACGACUGGACGUUUUUCCCAUCGACAGGCUUGGUGCUCCCAGGGGAGAGAGCCUCAGAGUGA